GAAAGAGAGAGGUGGUGGUGGAAAGCGCCGGAGUGGGGAGCCGCUAGAUUUCCUCCGCCCGCCGAUCCGAUCGACCCACUACGUCCAGUCCGAUCCCCAAGGGUUCGGGCUCGGCCACCGCUCCUAGGGUUUCGGUGGUCCUCCGACCCCUCCCCCACCGGCGCCACUAUCCCUCUCUGAUGCAAGCGCGCGCGGCCGCGGAGGACAGCGACAAGGAGGCCUUCGCGAAGAAGCCGCGCCACUGCAACGCCGAGAUGCCACUCGCUGACGCGAACGACGACUCCUUUCUCUUUCCGGUGGAGGAGAUCGUCCAGUUCCCGCUGCCGGGCUACGUCGCCCCCACUUCCAUCAGCUUCAGCCCCGAUGGGCGCCUGAUCUCGUACCUCUUCAGCCCCGAUGGCACCCUCCACCGCAAACUCUUCGCCUUUGACGUCGUCUCGGGUCGGCAAGAGCUGGCCUUUAGCCCGCCCGAAGGAGGGGGACUCGACGAGACCAAUCUCUCGGUGGAGGAGAAGCUGAGGAGGGAGAGGUCGAGGGAGAGGGGAUUGGGAGUCACGCGGUACCAAUGGAAAGCGAGGUCUCCAUCAUCUUCUUGCUUUUCUCCGGAAAAGCCCACCAUCAUGGUGCCAUUGCCCAAUGGGGUCUAUUUCCAGGAAUUAUGUGGCUCAGAACCAGAACUCAAGCUGCCAUGUUCUGGUUCGCCAAUUAUUGACCCACAUCUUUCGCCAGAUGGAAGCAUGCUUGCGUAUGUUGGAGAUGAUGAGCUUCAUGUUUUAAGUUUUUCACCUGGGGAGCCUAAGCUGCCUAACCAAUUAACUUUUGGUGCAAGAGCAAAUGGAAAGACUCAUGGUCUCGCUGAAUACAUCGCACAGGAAGAGAUGGAUCGGAAGACUGGAUUCUGGUGGUCUCCCGAUAGCAAAUAUAUUGCAUUCGCUGAAGUUGAUUCAGCUGAGAUACCUCUUUUCAGAAUUAUGCAUCAGGGAAAAAAUUCAGUUGGCUCAGAUGCACAAGAAGACCAUGCCUACCCUUUUGCUGGAGCAGCUAAUGUGAAAGUUCGACUUGGAGUUGUUCCUUCUUCUGGAGGAGAAGUUACUUGGAUGGACCUUAUUUGCGGGUUACAAGAUGAUGCUGGUGGUGAUGAAGAGUAUCUAGCUAGAGUCAAUUGGAUGCCUGAUAAUUCUCUUACAGCUCAAGUCCUCAGCAGGUCCCAUUCCAAAUUGAAGAUUUUUAAGUUUGAUAUUCAGACCGGAAAGAAAAAGGUCUUAUUUGUAGAAGAGCAUGAGACAUGGAUAAACUUGCAUGACUGCUUCACACCUCUAGACAAAGGAGUGAAUUGUUCGUCUGGUGGUUUCAUUUGGGCUAGUGAAAAGACUGGUUUUAGACAUCUCUACCAUCAUGACAAUAAUGGAGUUUGCUUGGGGCCUCUUACCCAGGGUAAUUGGAUGGUUGAGCAAAUUGCUGGCAUAAAUGAAAAUGCAGGUCUUCUCUACUUCACUGGCACGGUGGAUGGACCAUUAGAAUCUAACUUAUACUGUACAAAGCUUUUUCCAGAUUGGAACCUUCCCUUACAACAACCAGUGAGGUUGACUCAGGGUAGGGGAAGACAUGCAGUGGUUCUUGAUCAUCAGAUGCAGAGAUUUGUUGAUGUCCACGAUUCUUUGAACUCUCCACCUAGAGUAAUACUUUGUUCUUUACACGAUAGAAGUGUAAUAACUCCUUUAUUUGAGCAGCCUCUUAGCAUUCCUUGUUGUAGGAAGCUACAACUUCUAUCACCAGAGAUUGUGCAAAUAUCUGCAAAAGAUGGCACAGUUUUAUAUGGGGCGUUAUACAAACCUGAUGCAAGGAAAUUUGGGCCACCUCCAUAUAAAACAUUAAUCAAUAUUUAUGGUGGUCCAAGUGUUCAACUUGUAGUUGAUUCAUGGAUAAAUACAGUUGACAUGAGAGCUCAAUACCUAAGGAAUAAGGGAAUCUUAGUAUGGAAGCUAGAUAACAGAGGGACUGCAAGGCGAGGAUUGGAGUUUGAGGGCCAUAUAAAGCACAGCUUCGGUCGUAUAGAUGCAGAAGAUCAACUCACUGGUGCGGAGUGGCUUGUAAGGCAAGGGCUUGCCAAAGUGGAUCACAUUGGCUUAUAUGGUUGGAGCUAUGGCGGUUUUCUGUCAGCAAUGAGCCUGGCAAGGUUUCCUGACACUUUCCGGUGUGCAGUAUCAGGUGCCCCGGUAACUUCAUGGGAUGGAUAUGACACAUUCUACACUGAAAAAUACAUGGGCUUGCCCAAGGAAAAUCCUGAUGCCUAUGAGUUUGGGUCGAUCGUGCACCAUGUGCACAAGAUCAAAGGGAAGUUGAUGCUUGUUCAUGGAAUGAUCGAUGAGAACGUUCACUUCAGGCACACAGCAAGACUUAUCAACUCACUAAUUGCAGCUGGUAAGCCGUAUGAACUUCUGCUGUUUCCAGAUGAACGGCACAUGCCUCGUCGGCUUAGAGAUCGUGUUCAUAUGGAAGAGAGAAUUUGGGAAUUUAUCGAGAGAAAUCUAUGAAUGGAUCCAUGUUUUUCCCUCAUCGUCUGGUCGCAGUAGUCAGGUAGUAUGUUGUAUCGUCAAGGAGGCCCAAACUGUUUCACUUCUUCUCUAAUAAAAGAGAAUGAGGAUCAUUUUACUUAUAGCGUUUCUUGAAAAUAAGUCAUUUGGGGUUUGGUUAAUAUACUGGUUGAAGUUUAUAUAGUUCCUGCUCAAAAUAUUACUGGUUGAA